GUAGGCAGUAACCAGUGUAUAAAUUAACAUUUCAUGAUGUGGCGUAAACGUAUAGAUAUUAUUGGUACGCAUAUGUAACAUUGUAACCUAUGCAUAUAGUUAUUGAUUUCGAGCUUAAAUAAUUUAUCCCAGUUGGAUAAAAAUUUUUUUUUUUGUCCUCAUCAGUCAUCGCGCCACGUUUCAAUUCAAGUACCUACUUAUAAUUCGCUGUUAAUUUGAUAACUACCUACUGCACUGAAUACCACCUACCUACUCUAGUACUGUCAUUCGACGUAAGUAAAUUAACUGUCUUACUAUUCACCAACUAUCUUCUAGUAAAACAUUGAAUGAUAUUCGAAUAAAAUAUAUGACAUUCUUACUAUGACGAUAGGUUCCUAAAUCGAUCGUUUGUAGUCGGAUAAACACAACCAUUAUAUUAUUUAAACGUGUUUAAUAUUUAACCACUAAUCGUAAUAGCUACAAAUAAAUGUGUGUCCUUAAAAGACAAUAAUUAUGUAAUUUUUACAACGUAGUAAAAUUUAAUACACAUCUCGUCGUAAAUUUGAUGACAUCAAGUGGAUACUGGAAUGUAGUGUUGUGGAACCUAUACAAAACGUACAGUUUUAGACGAACGCGAAUUGACUUCCACGCUGGCUGAUAAAUAGAUUUAAUAUCCGUCGGAACACAAUAAAAUAUACAACGCAGGAUGGCAGACGCUGAGGUGAAGUCAAACAUUUUGACUUUGGCGUCGUUCUGGAUUUUGGGCCUUUGCAAUAACUUUGGGUACGUUGUGAUGUUGAGUAGCGCUCAUGACAUUUUAAAAUCCAAUUCCGGUGCGCCGGGAGGCAACGAAACAGUCAGCAUUAACUCCACUCAAGAUGUAUUCAAAAGAGAGUGUAAUUAUUUGUCAACCGGCGUUAUACUUUUGGCCGAUAUUAUGCCUGGACUGAUAAUCAAGAUUUUCUCACCAUUUUUCGGGUUAUAUAUCAACCGAAGACUAUCGUUGUGUAUCGCACUGACAACUGCUAGUUUUAUAACUGUGGCAAAAGCGAAUACUGAACUAGUUGCCGCUUUCGGUGUAGCACUGACAUCCAUGGCUUCAGGUCUAGGAGAAACAACACUUUUGUCUUACAUGGUCAACUAUGAACGAACUGUAAUUACAUUUUGGGCUUCUGGAACGGGUGCUGCUGGUAUAUUAGGAGCGUUGACUUAUGCAGGAUUGACUGGCGUUUUCCAUUUAUCUCCAUCCACGACGAUGUACUUAAUGCUUUCGGUACCAUUUUUAAUGGGCGUAUCAUUUUGGGUAUUAUUAGAACACCCGAAAAAAGAUGAUAUUCCAACGAUGUCUAGCAUUUCUCCAGAUCCAAGUACCAACAAUCAGAGUUUCUCGAAUAAGUUGUCGUACAUACCCAAAUUGUUGAAAUUUAUGAUUCCUUUAGGGUUAGUGUACUUCUUCGAGUAUUUAAUCAAUCAGGGAUUAUUCGAGUUGGUUUAUUUUGAAAAAAUAUGGCUCACACAUUCAGAGCAAUACAGAUGGUACCAAGUCAUAUAUCAGUUGGGCGUUUUCGUUUCUAGGACUUCAGUAAGCCUGUUUCCGAUCGAAAAAAUUUGGAUCUUGACAAUAUUACAGGGUCUCAACGUCGUAUACUUUUUAAUCGAAACGCUGUAUUCUUUCACUCCAAAUAUAUACAUUAUAUUCGCGUUAAUAGGAUACGAAGGUUUAUUAGGUGGAGGAUCAUAUGCUAAUACGUAUCAUAACAUCAUGCAAAAAGUUCCGAAGGAGCGCCAGGAAUAUGCAAUGGCCAUGACGUCACUUGCUGAUGCGAUCGGUAUUUCACUAUCCGGACUGUUGGCCAUUCCAUUGCACAAUCAAAUUUGUAAAAUACCGAAAUGAGACUCUUAAAUUGACACUGAUCUAUAUAAAAAAAAGUGUUUUUCGUACUAGAAGAAUUAUUAAUUUUAGAAUGUUAAGUACUUAUGUUAAUUUUAAACAAAAAUUAUGUUAAUGUUACUCACUAUGACAUAAUGUCGUUUAACUCCUCACUAAGAUUACUGGUUUGAAUAUUAUCUGUAAGCAAACACGUAUAUUAUAAUAAUAUUGUGAACGAAUAAAAUAGGAUAUUUGUACCUAAGAGAAUGACCCACCAUGAGAAUGUAUUAAGUGUAAUAAUAAAUGAUAUUGUAAAAGUUUUAUAAAUUGGAAACGUUUUGAUCAUAAUAAAUAAUAAUGUUUUGUAAUCAAAA